UCACUCAUCCUUUCAGCAGGGUGGGGCUUGGUGCGCGUGCGCGGUUUUACUGCUCCGCCCCAACUGCCAACUCUGCGCGCAGGAGAGGUAGGCGCUCCAAGCCUCGGUUUACGCUUGCGCAUUAUUGAGUCUGGCUCCGGAAGACCGGACGCUUGCGCAGUGGGGACUACGGUGACAGUCCCCCUGGUCUGCCACCGGCCAGUCAUGGCGGAGCCUUGGUCGGGGCAGUCCUUGCAGGUUCUGCCGGCCACGGUGCUGGGCGCGCUGGGCGCCCUCGGCAGCGAGUUCCUGCGGGAGUGGGAGGCUCAGGACAUGCGCGUGACCCUCUUCAAGUUGCUGCUGCUUUGGUUGGUGUUAAGUCUCCUGAGCAUCCAGCUGGCGUGGGGGUUCUACGGGAGUACGGUGACCGGGCUGUAUCACCGCCCAGGUCUGGGCAGCCAGAACGGAUCCACACCUGAUGGCUCCACGCAUUUCUCGUCCUGGGAAACAGCAGCAAAUGAACCUCUCAAAACCCACAGAGAAUAAGGGAAGGCAGCAAGAGGGGUCUCCAGGGACAUCACCGGUUCUGCUACUGCCCAGACCCCAGGGACGACUGCAGAGGGGUAGGGGUUGGGGGGCGGGGGGUACCCCAGUGCUGGCAGGCCUAGGCCUCCCCUGCCCUUGGCCUUGCCUCCAGCAGCCCCAAGCCAGUAAUUUGCCUCUACCUUUAGCUGGGUGCCUUAAGGAAAGGCAUAAUCCUCCUCUUUCAGGGGUCAACUCAGAAGCCUCUGGGUUAGGAUGACUAACAGUCCAUUUUCUGUCUUGACUUUUUCCUGGUCCUCUUCCCAUCCCCUUGGGAUGUGACCCCAUAGAGAUUUGUUCUUCUGAGAAGAAGCCUGAGGUUGACCAACUCAGAUUUGUAAGGCAAGUCUGUUUUCUCCUAAGUCCUGGGUUUCCUGAAUUUCUUUGGUUUUGCUUUGUUGGCAGGGGGCCAGGGAAUCCUGGCCUGGACACAGCUUUAUACUUUAUGGUUACUUAGCUGGACAUCCAAGUACAAGGCAGGGGGCAGCUGGCACUCUCUACCCAUGGAGAACAUUGACCUCCCUUCGCCCAUCCUGAGCUCUCCAGGUGGGAGUUGGGCAAUGGAAGUUGUCUCUUCCCAAGCAUAUUCUUUUCAGUCUCUCCCGGAAGGAAGCCAGGUGCCUGAAGGAGGCUGAGUUCCCAAGGAUGAGCCUCCAUGCCCACUGCUUAAGUGCCCAUGGGGUUGUGGAUCUGUACCCUGCCCCUCACAAGGAGGUACUAAGGAGUUUGUGCAGAGAGGCCCCAUCAUGCCCUGUAGCCUCACCACUUCCCAUCUUGACCUGGAACCACAGCUUCAUCCCAGAAACCCACAGUCUCAGCUCCUCCCCACUAGCACCACCUCAGCUCCCAAGAAUUCUCAACAGGGAAGAGCCACAGGGUAGGCAGGCCUACCACUUCCAGAGUGGGCCAAGGGAGCAUCCAAAGGUAUAAGUGGAACGCCAAUUCCUGAAAGCAGUGUGGCCCGAGACCUGUCUCCUUCCCUGAUGGUCAUAUUUCUUCCUGCUUCUGCUGGGCCACCAGCUACCUCAGUGUCCCACUGCCUGCUUCCUCUUUGUUAAAUGUCACAUUUCCAGCUGGCAGCCUUUGCCUAGGCCAUCUUUGCAGAGUGCACUGGGGUAAAACUAUGCUGAGCUCAUGCACAUGUACUCUGAAAUAUGUUCUAGCUGGUGGGAUAAUGCUUUUGUAGUCCCAGGCCUACCCACUAACGACACCACACUCAGCAUCAGGGUCUCAUAUUUCACCCCAGGCUCAACUGAGGAUGUGGCUUAUUAAACAUGGAAGUGCA